UAUUUAAUUCUCCUUCUUCUUCUUCUUCUUCUUCUUCUUCUUCUUCCUCUUCUCCACCGCUUUAUUGCAACUUCCACUUUCUCUCCCUCUCUCUCAUCUCACGGCUACGAUCCUUUUGUCCUCCAAUCGUACGGCUAGGGCACCUCGUUGUCACCCCUCUCUACUUAGCAAGCAGCGUCCUUUCAAAAAAUGGCUAUGGAACCUGAUGGACCGAAACGAGCAAGGAAAAGAAACCAUUUGGUUCAAGUAAAUGGUGAUUAUAAUUCACUGAGUAUGAGUGAAGAUCUUGAUCCCUGGACUGCUUGGGCAUACAAGCCUCGUACUAUAUCCUUGUUACUUAUUGGUGCAUGCUUCCUUAUUUGGUCUAGUGGAGCCCUUGAUCCUCAAAACGCGGCGCAUGAGGAUAGCGCUAAAUCGGUCAAAAGGGGUGUAUGGGCUAUGAUUUCAGUAUUUCUUGCCUAUUGUUUGCUGCAAGCCCCAUCAACGAUUUUGAUUAGGCCACAUCCAGCAAUUUGGCGUUUGGUUCAUGGAAUGGCUGUCAUUUAUUUGAUAGCGCUUACCUUUUUGCUUUUUCAGAGUCGUGACGAUGCUCGACAGUUCAUGAAGUUUCUCCAUCCCGACCUUGGUAUUGAACUUCCUGAAAGAUCUUAUGGUGCUGAUUGUCGUCUUUAUUUACCUGAAAAUUCCAGAAGCAGGUUUAAGAAUGUUUAUGAGACACUUUUUGAUGAAUUUGUUCCAGCUCAUAUAAUUGGAUGGUGGGGGAAGGCUAUAAUGAUUCGUAACCAAGUUCUACUAUGGGUAUUGUCCAUCGGGUUUGAGAUGAUGGAGCUAACGUUUCGCCAUAUGUUGCCGAACUUCAAUGAAUGCUGGUGGGACAGUAUCGUUCUUGAUAUUUUGAUUUGUAACUGGUUUGGCAUCUGGGCGGGAAUGCGUACCGUUCGAUACUUCGAUGGUAAAACAUACAAGUGGGUCGGUCUCAGUCGUCAACCAAACAUUAUUGGAAAAGUGAAACGGACACUGGGACAAUUCACACCGGCGCAGUGGGACAAAGAUGAAUGGCACCCGUUGCUCGGUCCAUGGCGAUUCAUUCAAGUUAUAAGUCUUUGCAUCAUCUUUCUGACAGUCGAGCUCAAUACAUUCUUUUUGAAGUUUUGUCUUUGGGUACCUCCUAGGAAUCCUGUGAUCAUAUAUAGGCUAAUCUUGUGGUGGCUAAUAGCAAUCCCAACGAUUCGCGAGUACAAUUCGUAUCUUCAAGAUCGAAAGCCUGUGAAGAAAGUUGGCUCGUUUUGUUGGCUCUCACUUGCAAUUUGCAUCAUUGAACUCCUUAUUUGUAUAAAGUUUGGACAUGGUUUAUAUCCUAAUCCAAUGCCCCUUGGGCUGAUAAUCUUCUGGAGCUCUAUUGGGGCUGCACUCGUGCUACUCAUUCUAAUUUGGUCGUGGCAAUCACAUCGAAGUUUAGCGAGAAAGAAGCAAUGAUCUCUCAGCAGCUGUGGUAGACUAUUCUUUAGUUUCUUCCUGUCAUAAGGGGGAUUCCCAUGUAAAUAUUUUACCCAGCCCACAUUGAUUGUACAUGAUUUUCCUCUUAGAAAAGGGAACUAGUUUCCCAGAUGAGCAAUCUUUUUGGUUUUGGAAAUCGAGUUUCCGAGUGGAAAAUUUCCUAUGCUUUUUCUCUAGAUAGAAGCAAGGGUAGAUUUGAUUUA